AUGCGUCUGACGCUCAGGUCGUUCUUCGUCGCCGCUACCAGUUUCAUCUUUGUGCAGUUAGCAGUCGCCGCGCAAGGUCCAAUCGUUAACCUCGGGAUCCGGUAUGCCGCCGCACCCGUAGGAAAAUUACGGUGGCAGCCGCCCCAAGCGGUCCAGCCUCCAGCCCAUGGUAUGGGAGCCAUUUCCGCUAUCGAUCAGCCCCCCGUGUGCCCUCAGUCGGGUGCGGCCGGGACCCCGCCCUCUUACGGCUUUAACUCGGGCCCUGGAGACGAGGAUUGUUUGUUCCUGAACGUCUAUGCCGCUGCGGGCGCAUCGGAUCUUCCCGUCCUAGUGUGGAUUCAUGGCGGUGGAUAUGCAUUGUUUGGCGCGACUUAUGAUCCGAGCGCCAUGAUCAAUACUAAUGAUAACCAAUUUAUCGUUGUCGAGAUCCAGUAUCGCCUCGGGGCUUUUGGCUUCCUCUCAUCCGACGAGGUCAAGAAACACGGCCGGCCUAAUGCAGGACUGUUAGACCAACGGUUCGCUUUGGAGUGGGUGCAGCAGCAUAUCAGCAAGUUCGGCGGGGAUCCGAGCCGCGUUACCGUUGGAGGAGAGUCAGCCGGCGGGGGUGCUGUGAUGCUGCAGGCUCUCGCAUACGGGGGUCGCGAGAGCCAUUUAUUCCAGAACAUCAUCGCGGCAAGUCCUUGGUCUGCUCCCAUAUAUAGAUACAAUGACCCUGAGCCGACUCGUCACUAUGACCGAUUCGCUGAGCUAGCCGGCUGCGGACCGGGGGCUCUGCGACAAGGACACCACAACACUACAUUCGACUGCUUGGUGGACGCUCCUACUGAAGCACUGCAGAAUUCGAGCGGCGAGGUAUCAACGUCUGGUAAAAUCUUUGGCGGGUUCGCCUUCCUGCCCGUUAUUGACGGGGAGCUGCUCACCAUGCGACCAUCUCAACAAUUGUUACAUGGCCACGUCAGCGGCCAGCGCCUUCUCGUCGGGAACAACGCAAACGACGGUGUCCCCCUCAGCGACCCAACAAUCGUCGACCGCACCACCUUCAAUGCUCAUAUCAAUCUUACCUUCCCCCACCUAACCGCCCACGACAAGGCAGCCCUAAACAGGGUCUACCAGACCGAGACGACUGAGCCAGGAAACUCUGGUAUCCGGUUCGACACCCUUGGCGAUGAAGGUCCAACAGCUCUAAAUCAGUCCCAAAUGGCAACGGGCUUGCAGCAAACUGUCUUUAAUAUCUUUGCUGAAACAUCCUUUGACUGUUCGGCGCAAUGGCUCGCCGAGGCAUAUAGCAUUGGGAGCCGCAAGGCGUGGAAAUACCAGUACUCAGCCACACCUGCCUAUCACGGCGCCGAUCUCGGCGCAUACUUCUCCCGGGACACACCCAGCUCGGGCUUCAACCACGCGUUCCAAAAAAUCUGGGGCAAUUUCAUUAUCGCCGACACGCCAAUCAUCCCCCAUUCUGAGGCCACAGCGAACAUGUCGAAUGCGACGGCGCCCGCUGAUUGUCAGGGAAACCUCGCGUGGCCGACCUUCUCUCUGGACGAACCCUGGCAGAUGGAUUUAAAUACCACGGGCGGUACUUUGAAGCUGCAUGUAGAGACCGAGCAUUUGAAGUAUUGGAUCAGGCAGGGACCUGGGAUUGUAAAUGUAUUUCGCCUUAUCGAUGCGUACAGUUGGGAAGGGGGACGGGGGGCGAGGUGUACUUGGUGGAGAGCGGUUGCCGGGAGGGUGCCGCUGUGA